AAAUUAACCAUUUUGCAGAUCAUGGAACACAGGUGGCAAUAUCCAUCAGUAUCUCAAAAGAUACAAGGGCAACCUUACCUAUUCCUGAGGCACUUUCGAGGCUGCAGCUAUGGUGUGAUGCAAAAUACCACUCAUGCUAGUGGAGCCUAUGUGAACUGGAGAGAAAAGGGUGCAUUACAGCCAGCUUUCCCAGGGAAAGAAUCAUCUCCAGUGCCAAUUACUGUAGGAGCCCCAGUUGAAAAGACCAGACUUUUUCUUCAUGAUUUGGUUAGGUCAGCAAUUAUAACAACAGCAGUAGCUCCUAUUGAGCGAGUGAAGCUCUUACUGCAGUGCCAGAAUAUGAUAAUCAACUCGGGUCGGCUCUCCCAUCCAUACAAGGGAAUUUUAGACUGUUUUUCUACAAUAAUCAGAAAUGAAGGUUUCUUUGCCCUUUGGAGGAGCAAUUUGGCAAACCUGACUACCCAUUUUCGAAUGGUACUAAACUUGGGUUUCUCAAUUUCACUGGGCUAUGAAAAUGCAAAGUUUGUGGACAUCUCCUCUGCAUUGCUUUUAACUGCCAAAUAUGCAUUUGCUGGGGCUGCUUCAGGCCUUUUUUUUUAUCCAUUGAAUUAUGCCGAAACACGCCUGGCAAAUGAUGUCAAAACUACCUCUGGUACUAGGCAGUUCAAUGGCAUAGUUGAUGUAUACCGAAAAACCUUGAUUUCAGAUGGCAUUGGUGGACUUUACCGUGGAUUCAGCUUGAGUCUGGUUCGCGUGACUCUGUUUCCCACAAUCCAAGCGCUCACUUUCCAUGCUUUAAAGCCAUGGUUUCUUGGUUAUCAGAGUAAUCUUAUGCCUGCAGUAUGGAUACAAGCAUUUGCUGCUUUAUCUUUCACUACUAUGGCUCUUUACCCAACGGGUGGAGGGGCAGAAAUCAUUAAACUCACUGUUUCCACUGGACUUCUGCUAGCCAUAUUUCUCCCGGUUUGGCGUCGUGUUGCUGCUGAGAAAAAGAGGACCAGUGAGAGUGGUCGUCCUGCUCACACCACUGUUAACCUUAAAUGGAGUAAUCUCAGGGACGGAAGCCAUGACAGUGACAAGUGAAGGACAGAAAGUUGCUUGAAUUGGAUUCUUCACUAUUUCUUCUCUCUAGCUUGCUCCUUCUCCAUUUUCUGCUCAUCUUCUUCCUCUUCAGAAUUUAGUGUGGUAUAAUUUCAUGACCUAUGUGUUGUGUUUCUGAGAGCUGAUUGCUUAUGUUUUCAUUUUCUUGUUGGAAAGUGGGAUCUUCUUGUUAUAUUUGAGAAUUGAGAGAAGUUUAGCAAGUUAGGUUUUUUGGAUUCUGUAUUUCGGGUGGGAUUCCUGAAAAAUUUCCAUGGGUUUUGCUGGUUCCUUCAUGGCAUUAUUGUGAAAUCUUCAAGAAUGAAUGGGGCAUUGAGUUUGUUACAAACCAAUUUUCUCCCUUUCUUUGGUAAAAGAGGUUUUUCCAUUUUCAACCUUUAUUGCAAGAUGUUGCAUAUACAUGUUAUGUUCUACUUAACCUUAGUUCUAGAUGCCC